AUGGCAGAAAUCUCUGGAGAGACGGAGAAUGGCUUCCUCAAGGCCACCGACACUGAUGGUGAUUCGGCGGAGUCGCACUUUCCGAUCCCAGAGUCUGUUCCGGCGCGAGCGCAGUUUGUGGCCGAGUUCACCGAGACUGCGCAAGCCGCGAACAUCGAGCUGCCUUCUUCAGCUUCAUCUUCAGAAAGCGGCGAGCGAGCGCCCAUGCCUUUCACGCCUCCCGAGGAUGGAGUUGCCGGAGCAAGCUUCUUCGUCGACCCUCGACACCUCUCUACGUCUGCAGUGGCUGGACUCGAACCUAGCGACGAGGACUCAGAUGACCCGAUGGCGGAAAAGAACCGCUGUUGUGGCCCCCGAAUGGUUCAUUCGUUCAAAGACCAAGAGGAAUUCGCCCUGGCUCAUCGUGAAGGAACCAUCAUUGAAAUGGCCAAUGAGGAGGCUACCUAUCGGCGAUUCAACACCAGGACAGAGUCUACUCAUGCCUGGGUCAUGAAUGCCCUGCCCCCACCCUCCAGUCUCAUCGAUUCGGACUUAGAAACCAGCUGGCUCGUCCUCGUCGAACUGCCGGCGGACCAAGACAAGGUGUUUCCAGCCGAGGAAUCUGCUUGUGAUAUCGGAUUCAAGCAUGAUUUCACGAUUGGUGGACAUGUCUUCAAUCCCGGCAUGAUGAAAGCCGAGCGUAUACCCAACGUGUUCGACAACGGCCAAGAUAACGGAAGUAUCUUCAACGACUACGCCAGGCAUGCGGCUUUCAACGUCACCGCCCCGUACAUGAAGGAUCCUGUCAGCCGUGAGAGGUACCACCCAUUGGCAGAAAUUGCGGUUUCGCAGCGCUUUGGUGCUCUUCAGUACCCCCCUUUGACUUCUGGGAAUGCUGUCAUGGUCACUAUUCGCGUUGCGGCUCGGCUUGUCACUCAUGACACCGAACUGAAAGCAUUGUCCACGCUGAUGCAGCGUGAGAGAAACCUGAGCGCGCUGGCACAGAGGGCACGCCACACCUUUGAUUACAUGCUGGAUUUCCGGAAACCGCCUACCUUCUACGUCGACCUCUUCAGAGAGCUGCCACAUAUGGAUAACCCAGCGGGCAAUCCUCAGACCCCCGCCCACCUCAAGUCUCUCUACAGAGGGCUCAAUUCUGACCACAAGAAGGUGUACGAGCAAUUUCGACAUAUCCCGGCAGGGCUGGCGCUAAUCCUGGGAUGCCCCGGUGCUGGAAAGACUGCACUGAAUGCAUUCAUCGCUGCAAUGGCUCUCUCGGCCCCUAUUCAAGAAGAAGUCGACGGCAAGACCGUUACCAGACCUGCAAAGGUUCUGUAUCUUCUUGACGUAAAUGCGCCGUGCGACGAUGCGGCAAACCGGGUACACAAGACAUGCAAGGAAGCCGGUAUCAGAGCAUCGGUCAUUCGAGUUCGUGGAUGUGCUCGUGAGAUGAGCCGCAGCGUCAAACUGCACCCGCCUGCAAAGGGCCAGAAUGACGUCGCAGGAGAUGUCCCGGACUUUACCAGGGGCUUCCUCAUGCAGUUUGAGACGUCGCGAGUCUGCAAGAUAGGCCCAGCUAGCAUCGACAAGGCGCCAUCUCUCGAUGAAGCCGCGUGGAAGGCAUUCGACAAAAAGAAGUCCCGAUACAAACAGCUUGCGCAGGCUCUCCAGAAGCUUGAAGGCGACGUCGUCAAAACUCGACGAACUUCCGCGGAGCUGAGAAGACUGGUCGCAAACCUGUACUUCGAUGUUAUUCGAGCUGCUGACUUCAUCGCGACCACCCCUGUCGGCGCAUCGGGGCAAAUGGGCACUCUUUUCAAGCCAGACCUCGUGUUCGUUGAUGAAGCAGCCCACGCAAGAGAGUUGACGUCUCUCAUUCCCUUGGCAUUCACUCCAGCUCGAGCAUACAUCUUCACUGGCGACACUCGACAGACCAGACCUUUCGUCCAAGGUGCAUCCAUGUCGACCAGAGAGGCAGGACAGAAGAUGCUGAAGCUGAAUCCAUACGCUAAGCAGCUCAUGAUCAGCACGAUGGAGAGAGCUGACCUUGCCGGCGCUCUCAAGAGCAAGCUGCUGAUUACACACCCUCGAGAAAAGACGGAAUGCCGCAGCUUCUACAACCCAGCCCAUGAGUCUUUCAUCAAGCAACGCUGUCUGGAGCUUCUGAACAACCCCAACUUCACUCGAGUCGAUAGGCCUGACCAGCCUGGAAGAAUACUGAUCAUCACCCCGUACAAGGCGGCUUUCAACCGAUACAAGCAGUUCACGUCCGUCCUGCCUCCCCACCUGCGUGGCCGCUUACAUGCUGAGGAGAUGCACAACGCGAUGGAAGCAAGAACCGUCGACUCGGCACAGGGCCACGAGGCGGAUUUCGUGUUCGUGGACACUGUGCGAACGAAGACCGCGGGCUUCCUCAACGACCCCAAGCGCCUUUGUGUGAUGCUUUCGCGGGCCAGAGGCGGUGAGAUGAUUUUGAUGAACGAGGGAAUGACCACUUGCAUGAGGUCUGGGGUCGAAAUUCCUGCAGAAUGGACCUCUCGUGUUUUUGAGCACUGCCGCGGCAAUGGCCAGCUGUGCUACAUUUGA